UUAAGUUUGAGAAAAGCCAAUGUAAGUUUAGGAGGAUAUAUUUGCUUAUAACAAAAGUAUUUGUCAAGUAAGACAAUUCAUUCUUUGCUGAAAAUGAGGCUUCAGCCAUAUGAAUAUAUAUUAAUGAAGUUCCUGAAUGUUGCAGAUUUUAAUUAGUACAGUUCUAGCCACGGCAUGGGCUGACCUACCACGCUAUGGAAGUUUUGGAGGAGGAGGAUCAAGCUCUGGUUUUGGAGGAGGUUCAAGCUCUGGUUUUGGAGGUUCAGGGUCUGGAAGAGGAGGUUCAGGCUCAGGAGGAUGCGGUCAUGGACAAGUGUUCCAUGCUGGUAGAUGUGUUACUCCACGUGAGAACCGCAAAGUCUACUUGUACAAUGCACCACCCGCACCUCCAGUUCCCCACGGUCCUCCACCAUACAUCCCUGACCCAACCAUUGACACGAAUAUCGUGUUCAUCCAAACACCUGAACAAGGUCCAGGACCAGAUCCUAUCGUCAUACCUCCACCACAAACGCGAAGCGUUGUCUAUGUCCUUAACAAACAGACACAAGAGCAACAGGAUGUGAUCGAAGUCCCAGCACCUCCAGCAACCAGCCCUGAAGUUUACUUCGUGAACUACGCUGAUGGCGAGAACCCAGUUCUUCCAAGCGGCGUUGAUCUUCAGAGCGCACUGAAUGCAGCUUCCCAAGGGGGCGGUCAAGUGAUUGGAGGAGGCGCCGGAGGUAGUGGUGGCAGCUUCAGGGGUAAUGGAGGAAGCGGUGGUUUUGUAAGCAGCGGAGGAGUUAGUGGUGGUUUUGGAGGCAGUGGAGAAAGCGGUGGUUUCGGAGGCAAUGGAGUUGGAAGUGGAUUUGGAGGCAGUGGAGGAAGUGGUAGAUUUGGAGGCGGUGUUACCAGCGGAGGAUUCGGAGGCGGUGUUAUUAGCGGAGGAUUCGGAGGCGGUGGAGAUAGUGGGGAAAUCAUCGUCAGUGGAGGUGGCGGGGGGUCCAUCAGUGGAGGCUCCCUUUCGAGUCGGCCAGCAAAGGCUAUUUACACCCAUUAUAAAGGCUACAUUUGGCCAGCGAGCCUUAAUAUUGUCACCUCUGACCACAAAGGGUCCAGUAAUGUCUGGCUAACAGCACUCAUACUGUCCCUAACGACUGCAAUUUUAAUUAGUACAGUUCUAGCCGCGGCAUGGGCUGACCUACCACGCUAUGGAGGUUUUGGAGGAGGAUCAAGCUCUGGUUUUGGAGGAGGUUCAAGCUCUGGUUUUGGAAGUGGAGGUUCAGGGCUUGGAAGAGGAGGUUCAGGCUCAGGAGGAUGCGGUCACGGACAAGUUUUCCAUGCUGGUAGAUGUGUUACUCCACGCGAGAACCGCAAAGUCUACUUGUACAAUGCACCACCCGCACCUCCAGUUCCCCACGGUCCUCCACCAUACAUCCCUGACCCAACCAUUGACACGAAUAUCGUGUUCAUCCAAACACCUGAACAAGGUCCAGGACCAGAUCCUAUCGUCAUACCUCCACCACAAACGCGAAGCGUUGUCUAUGUCCUUAACAAACAGACACAAGAGCAACAGGAUGUGAUCGAAGUCCCAGCACCUCCAGCAACUAGUCCUGAAGUUUACUUCGUGAACUACGCUGACGGCGAGAAUCCAGUUCUUCCAAGCGGCGUUGAUCUUCAGAGCGCCUUGAAUGCAGCUUCCCAAGGGGGCGGUCAAGUGAUUGGAGGAGGCGCCGGAGGUAGUGGUGGCAGCUUCAGGGGUAAUGGGGGAAGCGGUGGUUUCGUAAACAGCGGAGGAGUUAGUGGUGGUUUUGGAGGCAGUGGAGAAAGUGGUGGUUUCGGAGGCAAUGGAGUUGGAAGUGGAUUUGGAGGCAGUGGAGGAAGUGGUAGAUUUGGAGGCGGUGUUAGCAGCGGAGGAUUCGGGGGCGGUGUUAUUAGCGGAGGAUUCGGAGGCGGUGGAGAUAGUGGAGAAAUCAUCGUCAGUGGAGGUGGCGGGGGGUCCAUCAGUGGAGGCUCCCUUUCGAGUCAAAGGGCUAUUGGCCAUGUUUUAAGUUUGAGAAAAGCCAAUAUUUUAAUUAGUACAGUUCUAGCCACGGCAUGGGCUGACCUACCACGCUAUGGAGGUUUUGGAGGAGGAGGAUCAAGCUCUGGUUUUGGAAAUGGAGUUUCAGGGUCUGGAAGAGGAGGUUCAGGGUCAGGAGGAUGCGGUCACGGACAAGUGUUCCAUGCUGGUAGAUGUGUUACUCCACGCGAGAACCGCAAAGUCUACUUGUACAAUGCACCACCCGCACCUCCAGUUCCCCACGGUCCUCCACCAUACAUCCCUGACCCAACCAUUGACACGAAUAUCGUGUUCAUCCAAACACCUGAACAAGGUCCAGGACCAGAUCCUAUCGUCAUACCUCCACCACAGACGCGAAGCGUUGUCUAUGUCCUUAACAAACAGACACAAGAGCAACAGGAUGUGAUCGAAGUCCCAGCACCUCCAGCAACCAGUCCUGAAGUUUACUUCGUGAACUACGCUGAUGGCGAGAAUCCAGUUCUUCCAAGCGGCGUUGAUCUUCAAAGCGCCUUGAAUGCAGCUUCCCAAGGGGGCGGUCAAGUGAUUGGAGGAGGCGCCGGAGGCAGUGGUGGCAGCUUCAGGGGUAAUGGAGGAAGCGGUGGUUUCUUAAGCAGCGGAGGAGUUAGUGGUGGUUUUGGAGGCAGUGGAAUUGGAAGUGGAUUUGGAGGUAGUGGGGGAAACGGUGGAUUUGGAGGUGGUGUUAUCAGCGGAGGAUUCGGAGGCGGUGGGGAUAGUGGGGAAAUCAUCGUCAGUGGAGGUGGCGGUGGGUCCAGCAGCAGAGGCUCCCUUUCGAGUCGUUACUCUACACCAUAAUAACUUGUUAAGAUUUUGUUGUUUUAUAAAUAUUGUAAAAAAUAACAUUUGAUUUUUGUUUUUAUUUUGUAAAGUGUUUUUAUUAUAAUAAGAAUAUAAUUCUAUAUAAUA